AUGCCCCGCCUGCAGGACACACCGGUCAAUAUCGGCGUUUUAAUCGUGCCGCAGCAACGUGCAUGGGUCGUGGAGCGCUUCGGCAAGUUUCACGAUGUUUUAACCCCUGGGUUACAUUUUUUGAUCCCGAUGGUAGACCGUAUUGCGUAUGUGCACUCUUUGAAGGAAGAGGCCAUAAAAAUUCCAGGUCAGACGGCUAUCACGCGCGACAACGUAACCAUAAGUAUUGAUGGCGUUUUAUACGUUAAGAUCGUCGACCCGUACAAUGCCAGUUACGGCGUCGAGGAUCCGCUUUACGCUGUUACGCAGCUAGCGCAAACCACUAUGCGCUCUGAGUUAGGAAAAAUUACUUUGGACAAAACCUUCGAGGAGCGUGAAUCGCUCAACCUGAGUAUCGUUGAGUCAAUUAACCAGGCCUCGGCAGCUUGGGGCAUUAAGUGUUUGAGGUACGAGAUAAGGGACAUCGCUCCACCACGAAGUGUAAAGGCGGCUAUGGACAUGCAGGCUGAAGCCGAGCGUCGAAAGCGCGCUGAGAUUCUAGACUCGGAAGGUGAACGUCAGGCAUAUAUUAAUGUGGCUGAAGGAAAGAAACGCGCUGCUGUACUAGAAGCCGAAGGCGCUGCUGCUGCUAUCAUGGCCAAGGCGAAUGCGUCAGCUCAGGCUAUCCAGAGGCUCUCAAUUGCUAUCCGGGAUAAUGGUGGACAUGAUGCCGUGGCACUACAGGUGGCGGAGAAGUAUGUCGACGCCUUCGGCAAAAUUGCCAAAGAGGGCACAACUGUGCUUCUACCUGCCAACACGAACGAUCCUUCUAGCAUGGUGGCGUCAGCUCUUUCCAUAUUUGGAAGUAUUCAGAAGCAGAAUAACAAGCUGGCACGUCAUAAUGGUGACAAUACUGACACUCAGAGUAGUACAGAGAGCGAGCUCGGCGAGUUUAAAUUGGACAAUGAGGACCCAUAUACAACCAAGAAUUAA